AUGGCCAUUUUAUUUCUACUGCUUUCCACUAUCAUUUGGAGGGUAAGAUCUGCACAUCAAUCUUACACGAUAGAAGAAUACCAAGCCCUGACCAAUAGAUUACUGGCUAACUACUCUAGUAAAAUCCGCCCGAUUCGGAACCAGGGACAGACUCUGCCCAUGAAAGUCAGUUUGUGGAUAUCCAGUAUCAAUGACGUCAACGACGUAGCUCAGAAGAUGGUCACUUCCGCAUACUUGGCCGUCAGGUGGACAGACGCCAUGUUAAUCUGGAAUUCAACGGAAACGAGAAUUGAUUGGAUGCAGUUUAACCAGAAAGACUUAUGGAUACCGGAUCUCGUCCUGAGUAAUGGAUUCACGGCCUUCAAACCUCUUGGUGGAGAUUUCUAUUUCCUUAAUGUAAACAGCAACGGGAAGGUUUCUUGGUACCCAUUCAUGGUUUUUGAAACGAAGUGUAAAAUCAAUGUUUCAUUUUAUCCCUUCGACUCGCAAACAUGUAAAAUAGAGUUCAAGACAUGGAGUUACAACCGAUAUGAAGUAAAUCUAACAGUUUCUAAAGAUAAGAUAGGAUUUUAUGACUUUGUGGAAAAUAGUGUAUGGGAAGUGACGUCAACAGAUGCAGUAAAUGACUUUACAAGCUCUGAACCGACAGUGUCAUUCAUAAUUCAUCUUCAGCGAAAAUCGUUGUACUAUAUCAUGAACGUGUUUCUUCCUAUAAUUUUUCUGGGUAUCCUCAGCCCUGUAGUGUUCAUAAUCCCAGCUGAUGCUGGGGAGAAAAUGGGUUACGCCGUGACGAUAUUCCUGACCUUCGUCGUGUUUCUAACUAUCGUAAGUUCGAACCUUCCAGUUAAUUCUGACAGUGUCUCCUACAUGGAAGUUUACCUCGUCAUCAAGCUUCUCUUUGGUGCUAUGAUUAUCGUCAUUACGUCAAUACAACUACGCAUUAAUCACAGGAAGCCAGAAAGAGAAAUUGGGAAGGAGCUCCGUGCUAUUGUAAGGCUCAAGGAUCGUCUGAGGUGUAUACAUAAGAGAUCUGACUCGGACCUUCCGGUAAUGGUUGACAAAGGAAAGGCGAAGGAGGCAAAUGAGGAGGACAUUAGCUGGAAUGACGUGUCCUCUGCCAUUGACUUUUAUUCAUUUUGGUUCCUGGUUCUUGCAGAUAUAGCAGUAACUUCCUCCAUAUUUGCAUAUACUUCUCUGAAUUAGCUGUCUAUUUCUCUCUCUAAUACAAACACA